CCAUAAGCUUAAUAAUAAUAAGUCUAGUUCCCGAAGUGGCAACAGUUUCAGACGGAGCGGAGAUGUUAUUCGGUCUCGUUUUAAUUCGAUACGUAACGUUCGGGAAAUCGGCUACUAUAUAUGUACCAACCUUUCAAGAUUGAAAGAUAGAUAUAUGUUAAUCCUUUCCUCGUUCAAUGUCCUUGGCUGAUCUUCUUCGAAGACAGAAGUUGACGGAACGGAGGACAACUACAUUACAUAUAUGACGUAUCACGUAUUUACUUACAUACUUAUUUACUUACUUUGUCAGUUAUUUAAGUACGUAUGGAUUUAGUUUUGUUGAACGUUAAAUCGAUACGUUUCAAAUAAUAAACGUUCGUAAUGUUUUUCGAAAAAAAGAACUCGUUCUAUUGGGAAUUAAAUGUGAUAAAUAAAGAUAGCCCAUCGCAAAUCUCUUGACAACGUUACGGCAACGUAUUUUUCCAUUUAUUCUCUCUGACUAAUUAUUUACUCAUCACAGAUACAUCAGUGACUAAAUGUCAGUUGCUCCCGAAUCAUCCUUCCGAUGCUUCUGUUUAAGUGGACGCGCGAAAGUAAAAAGUGAAAGUAAAAUAAAAAAUUAUUUUAUUUCUGUGAAAGACUAAAAGUAUCACGAAGGUGAACGUGAGUCUGCAAUAAUGAAUCUCUGGCCUAUUUUUUACCAUAUUUUACUUUACGCUGUGAUUUUUGCAUUUGAUAAAUGUGAUGUCGUUUAUGCCGAAAAACUGAAAAUAUGCGUCGUUGAAAGUGUCAAUACAAACGAAACGAUAAACAAAAUCCUUCCGAAUAUGAAAAUAUCCCCGUUUCAAUGCGUCAUUGCUAAUGACAGGUUUGAUUGUUUACGACAAUUAACGACUGGCACGGCCGAUAUAACAUUAUUGCAAGCGGAAGAUCUUUUAGCGGCGUCAAUGUACAACAAGUAUAGUUUUCUAGUCACCCAUGAAUUAAGACUUUUUUCUGAGGAUAAACAACAAUUCGAAAUGGUAGCGUUAGUACGACAAAAUAUUAAUAACAUGUGGGAUGCCAAAGAGAAAAGAUUUUGUCAUCCUGGAUUUGAAACUACUGACACUUAUACCAAAGCUCUUUCGAUGUAUUUCGAAAAUUGGAUUAUACCUAAAGAGUGUGAUCCAGAGAAGACAUUGUUAGAAAAUAGAGUGGCACGGUUAUCUAAUUAUUUCGAGGCAGGUUGCAUAGCUGGUCCAUGGAUCGCCGAUGCUACAUUUGAUACAAAAUUAAAAUCAAAGUACAAAAAUCUUUGUUCGCUUUGCGACAAUUCAGCCAGUUGUUAUAUCGGUGACAAAUAUUAUGGACGCGAGGGUGCCAUAUUGUGUUUGACCGAUAAUGUUGGUGACAUCGCAUGGGUUAGAUUGGACGAUGUUCUUCAAUAUUUCAAGAAUGUCGAAACCAACAAGGAAGAUUAUGCGUAUCUUUGUCCCGAUGGUAUGACGAGAUCAGCAAACACUGACAAUCCAUGUAUUUGGGUGAGACAACCUUGGCCCGUUAUCGUCGCUAGAAGUAAAAUAGCAGAGAUGGCCGUUAAUAUAAUCGAUUUAACAAUUAAAUCGAAGAACAUAUGGAAGAAUACACUUCAAGAUCUUUUAGCACCUUAUCACUCGACAUUCGUUAAAACGGAACCUUUGGAAUCACCGACAGAUUAUUUGCAACGAUAUCCUGGUUUCUUGAGUGCCAAUGAUCGUGCAACAUGUCAACCUACCAGACGUGUACGUUGGUGCGUUUCCACAAAUAUAGAAGAUCAGAAGUGUCGAUGGUUAAGAGAAGCGUCCUUUGUAUAUGGUAUCGAACCCAUUAUAUCAUGCGUUCAGGAAUCCAAUAGAAGUUCUUGUCUCAAAGCAAUUAGAGAUCAACGUGCUGAUAUAUUCGUGAGCAAACCCGAGGAACGUCUCGAAGUUAGCAAAAUGGGAUUGAAACCUAUAUUGCAAGUAACAUCAAAUAAAAAAAAGGAUUACAAUAGAAUCGUGGCAAUCGUUAAAAGUAAUUCCUCAUUUAAAAGUUUUAAGGAUUUGAAAGGAGCUAAAGCCUGUUUUACGGGAUAUGAAAGUAUAGGUUGGAAUUCAUUCGUAACAAUAAUGAAAAACAUAUCGGAGGAUAAUUGGGAUUGUUCGAGUAUUAAAGCUGUUGGAAAUUUUUUUGGUGAUAGUUGUGUACCUGGAAUAUCAUCUAUUAAAAAUAUAGAUGUUCCAUAUAAUUUGUAUUCCUUGUGUACAACAGAUGUGAAUGUUGAUGACGAUAUUAAUACGUUAUCUUGUCUAACAUCUGAUCGUGCCGACGUCGUUUUCGUAAAUUUAAAAAAUAUACAAAAAGAGAUCAAUAUAUCAAAUACAGUAUCGUCAAAUUUAGCAAACGGAAAGUAUAAAAUUUUGUGUAUAAAAGAAAUAGAAACGGCGAAAGAAGAAGAAGAAAUGUGUUCAUUAACAUGGACUACACUUGGCGCGAUAGUAGCGCAUAAAAAUAUUACCGAUUUGAGACAUAAUGAUAUUUAUUCGACGUUACUUAGUAUGGAUCAAUUAUUUGGAACAAGUGUGAGGGGAUAUACUAAAGCUUUCUCUUUAUACGGAACAUACGAUAAUCAUAAAAACGUUAUCUUUCCAGAAGAAUCACAACAUCUACAACGUGAAGUUAAUAAGAUACGACGAAUUCGAAAUUACGAUGACAUUGUAGAAGAAAUAAUGAUAAAACCGAUUUGCAACAGUGCACAGAAUUGGAGUUCAGGUUUUGAUAAAAUUAAUUUAUUAGGAUUAUUAAUUUUAAUUGCACUUUUUACCUUAUAUUAAUUAUAAAAUUUAAAUGAACAUCACAAUACAUCUAUUCUCUAUGAAGUUAAGCUUCAUAAAUAUAAAUACUAUAUAUACAUACACACACAACAUACAUAUAAUUAGAUAAAAAAUGGAUAUUACGUGUAUAUUAUUUUUUCAUUUUAUUUACAAUUUAUAUAAAAUCUCCUAUAGUGCAAUAUACACUCAAACCUUGUUUAAAAUAUUUUAAGAACGUAUUCAAAUAAUUAUGAGAUUCAAAGUAGUAUAGUAAUAAUUGUUGCAAUAAAUUACUUGCUUGGAUUGUCUUUUUUGAAAAAUACUUAUUAAAUAAUUAUUAAUGGAAUAUAUAAUUAACACAAGACCGUUGAACAAUGGUCAUAAAUAUCUCAAAUGACUGAUAUAUUAAUAUACUUUUUUGCUGUAUUUAUUAUUUAUUAUCUCAUAACUAUUAUAAAAGUGUAAUAUAGUUCAAAAACGAAUGUAAUUCUUUUUCAAAUUCAGCUUUUUCAGAACAAUAAGAUUCCUUUUUUAAUUUGUACACUAACACAGUACCAAGGUUUGUUCCAAGUAUCUGAAAAAAUUUUUAUAUAUUUAUAUAGCGACAAUUUUAUUACUGAUGCACAUGAUGUAAUGAUAUUAGCUUUAUUACAUACCAAAUAUUGGGUAACCUUAUCAUGUUCAGUUUUCCAAGAACAUAAUUGCAUACAAUUUAUAUGUCCCCAUUUUGUUAAAGAAGAAUUACUUACAUAAUGCAUUUCAUUAUUUUGCAAAUUACAUGUAUAUAUUCUGAAAUAUUAUUGUUAUAUUAAGAAUUAUUCUAUAAGAAAAUAAUAACACACACACUCAUACAUUCCUUUUUUAUUUUAUAAACUUACUGUGAUUUAUUAUUUAAAAUAUAAACUGUUGAUGGCUUAGAUCUCGACCAUUUCAAUACUAUAAUUUUAUUUUUAUGAUUAUCAUGUUGUAACUGUAAGAUAGGUUUUUCUCUGUUCGAUGAAUAAAGAAGUAUUGUACCAUCAUUACAACCAACCUAAUAUAAACAAUUCAAAAUAUAUUAUAUACAUGAAAUAAAAUUAUAUAUUAAUAUAUAAAGAUCUUA